GGGAAGCAUACACCCAACACUCGGUUCUUGGUUGGACCUAUAAACAUACAUGUUUUAUUCAAGAUACAAAAAAAAAAGAGAAAUAAUACAAGAGAUGGAUAUAAUAUACACCAAUAAAGGUCAAGAACUACAGAAGGUAUCUUGAAAGAAAAGUUAAGAGGUCAACCCCAUGUAAAACUCCGUACAAAAUAACUAUAAAGGAAUUAAGAUCCUUUAUUAAACAUUCAAAUCCAAUUUAAGCUUGGAUUAAGAUAACUGAAGGCUGUCAGCUUCCAGAAUGUCUCUUGUAGACGUGGUAAACUUUGAGUUAAAGUAUAGUUUAGAACACUCAACUUCCGUUCUAAUACGUGUUUUGUUUUGAAUUCCGGCUUAAGAUUCAGAUUUGCAAUAUUCUUGAAAGGUGCAAGUUGAUAAGAAGGUAGAACUUUUAUUCGCCGCGGAGUGAAUUAGAGACGGAGCUAAAAUGUACAGUGUCCGCUAAAAUUCCCAGCUGUAGUACUGUCAUUCCAUGAAAAUGCAAAAUCAUUGCACGGAGGCGAUUGACAGUCCAAAAGUUACCGAAGAAUGAACAAUAAUCCUUCGAAUAAACUCGAUAGGAAGGAAAGAUCACUUUUUAGGGAUUAAUUUUGGCAGAUGACGAUAAAUUUCUUUGUCUGCUGUCGCAGAAAAGUCUAAAUUGUUGACACAGAUUUAAGACUGCCACCGAUUUUAAUAUAUAAUUCAUAAAGAGUUAAUUGGAUGCGUCAAUUUGAAUUUCAUGACCGGAAAAACGCAUGAAGGGAUGCUAAUAAGAACAGUAAUGCGACUUUGGAUUCGGUGCCAUCCGUUUCUUGCCAGCUCGGUUGCUUUUGCGCAAAUUUAAACGCGGUAGAGGCAAAACGUGACUAAAAGAAAUUUCUGCUCCACAGCGAGACUACGUCCGAUAACCACUGCCAAAAAAUUAUGUUUGACUGGCGACGUUGCAGUUGGAUUUUCUUGAUAACCGUUACGUUUACCGUCGGUGGAAUUCGUGCUUCGAGAGCAGAUCCUAGACUGGUCCACUCGAAGUACGUCUGUGAGCGUAACGUUAUACACUUGGUCUGCAGCCCAACAACUGUUCUUGAGAUUCAAGCGGCAGACUUCGGCGAGUCCGCCGCUCUCAUCUGUGGAAAAAGCGAAGAAUCAAAUCAGUUAUGCAGACUGUUAGAAAAAACAGAAAUAGUAAAGACGAGGUGUGAUAACAAACCACAAUGUUACAUCUCGGCAUUGCGUUCCAUAUUUGGUGAUCCUUGUCUGGGGUUAAACAAGCAGACGGAUACGUCAAUCUAUCUUAACGUCAUUUACGCAUGUGUGAAAGCAGCUAACUCUGCGAGAUCUACUGAGAUAACACCAACGCAACCAUCAACUUCAUCAACUGGCAUCUCCAUCACCGAAGAUAACGCCACUAUCAACACCAGUCUUAACACAACAGUAAACACCACUCAACCAAAGUCUACGGGACCGACAAAGAAGACAAAGAAGACGGUUCCCAACAUCCCAUCAAAACAAGAGGGCCCCAAGACACAAAAGGAAAUACCAGUGUUUGAUCCAGCAAAAAGCGUUGACCUGGACGUUAUUUCUGGUACAGCCAGUGGGAUGAGGUCUACUGUUGUGGGAUUUCUCAUUUGGAGUUGCAUUGUUAGUAUGAUCUCGAACUAACAGUGUUUGGGGGUGCUGUGCGCGCGGUUAUUUCGAUACGUUGUUGAAGAACGGCACGGCUCAAGUUUAGGCAAUUUCAGUCUACUUUUUGCUACUCAAAACUUCUCUAAACUUGUUUUCGUAAUAUCUGCAGCCGUUGCAUUCAUUAUACUUACAGCAACGGCGUUUCGCCUAAAUGUUAUUAUAUGUAAUUAAUUACAGAUAUCUUAAUUAGUGCUAUAACAUCUUUUUGACAAAAUAUUUAACUUGAGAACAUAACUGUAAAAUUUUUAAGCAUACGACAGGUUUACGAAAUUUAAGUAAGCCUGAAUUGUUGAAGUCCCCAACGAAUACGCCCGAUUUUGAAAAAUUUGGCUUAAAAAAGUACAUAGAAAGAGAACUAAUUGAUGAUCAACGUCCAGGUUACGCAAACAUCUUGCCAGCUGAAAGUGAUUCUUCUUGUAUUUUCGAUUCCUUCUCUUUGAUUAUUGUCGGGAUUCUGAUUUAAGGUAUCUAUCAGUAGACAAAAAGCUCUUUUUCUUACUACAAAGUGCCGCCACCAUUGAACGGGGUUAUUGUAGAGAACCGUAGAAGCUUUAGUAUGCAUGAUUUCACGACUGUUAAGGAGGUCAAACUGACCCAUUAUCUGAGUUCUGAGGUUAAAAAAAACACAAUAAUAGAUGAAAUCUCUUCUUGCCACCGAAAAAUCUGCAAAGCCUAGAUGUGCUGGAUAACGUGCUAAUAUUACUGUUGGUCUUAAUGGUAUCAAACAUACUUGAUUUGCAGCCAAUGGGUGUAAAGCAUCUGUGUGGUAGGUCGAGGGAAUAAUAAAUGUAAGAAGCUCUAAAGCAUGAGUAGA